AUGAGCUCGUCCUGGGUGUUUUUGGCUGCAAAUGUAGCUUUAUUCCUUGUGCAUGUUCACAGCGAGUCUGCAGUCUACAAACUGCACACGGACUCCAAAUGUUCUUCGUCGCCGACUAUCAUCGGCUUCCAGGAGUCGCCACCUCCGUCUUGCUCUGCUAUCACCUCGUGUUCCAGUGUCAAUAUCAACGGCGAGGCCUUGUACUGGGAUCGAGAUUGUGCCUCGGAUGACUACGAUGCUCUAUCUGCUGCUGCCUAUGGAGACAAGCCGUAUGUGUUGAUGGAGAUCUACGAAUCGGGACAAGAAUGCAAGAAAUUGCUAUCCGGUGCAGCAUUCCAGGCGGAUGGAAGCUGUUUAGUCACUGACAAUGGGGUUUCCAGUAUGAAAGUUUCACUCUAUGCGGAUGGAUCGGCAACGUUCCUCACGUAUCGAGGCACUAGCUGCAGCGGCACGGCUGUAAAAAGCACGAAAGUCACGAAAGCGUCGAUCACGAGUCACUCGUGUGAGAAUGGAGCACUCAAAUUCUAUUCCAGCAACGCCACUAAAGCCACAACAACAACAGCACCAACAACUGACGGCUCUGAUAAAUCCAUCUCGACUACGACGUCACAGGCACCAUCAGAGACAUCGAUUCACCUGGUCGCAGCGAUGAUAGCAACUUUGGCGGUGUCUAUCACGUUGUGUUGAUUCACAGAGUAAAAAAAAUUGAAUACAGAUAUUUCAC